AUGAAAUAUUUCUUAAGAGAUGAAGUUCUAAUGCACAAUAAGCCGAAGGAUUUUUGGGUGAUUUUCUUCAAUGAUGUUCUGGAUUUGACACUUUUCUUCAAAACAAGAGAGGAUUCGAUGACUCAUAGCUUGAAAUUCCUUCAACAAUAUGGCGGUCAAGAUAUUUCUCAUUUUUUCAACCCCGAUAAAACUCCUUAUACAAGAAUUUCUGUCACUGGUUCACAUGUUCCCGUAUUUCCUGUGGUCAACGAAUGCUCAGGAAGUGACGUUUUCGGUAAUCGUAAUCUCACAUGGUGGCAGGAUCCUUUCUGGAAAAUUGGAGAACUCACAAAACAACCUCGAAAAGUCAGAAUUGUCAAUACUCUUUCAGUUUCCACCCAAGAAAUGACUGUUUGUGAAGAAGAUACUUUAGACAUAAUUCGCACAAAAUAUCAAAAGUACAAUUGGAAUCACGAUAAGUACCAGUGGUGCAAAUAUGAUGCCGACAAAGAUGUCUAUGAGGACAUUUGUUUCCGCAAGACCUUGACAGAAAACGGUUUUCAUUGUCACGAGUAUGGAGAACCACAUACACCUUCUUUGUGGUUAUUCUUUAAAGAUGAAGCCCAAUUUGCUGGCAUUUUGUCACAUCUGUCAAAGCGCACAUAUGCAUGUGAAAAUAAAAUUGUAACAUGA